UCAAAAUCCUAAAUCCCCAAAACACAACCCUAACCCUAACUAAACAAAAUCCCAAAUUUUCCCUAACCUCACCACCACACUCACCGCCCUAACCCCUCCCAUAAACGCUACUGCAACUGUUUCAAAAGAAAACAAAAGAAAAGAAAGAAAUACUGAGCAGAGAGGAAGGAAUGGGAGAAAGAGGAGAGGGAAGAGAGGAAGGGAGACCGGCCGGCGCUGGUAGACCUUGCCGUCGCCGUCGACGUUGCCUAGAGGAGGAGAAGGAACCAGGCGAGCAGAGGAGAGGAGGAGGCCACUGCUGUUGUCCGCGCCGUCACCGUCGCGCUAAGCGUGCCGCCAACGCCGUUGUUGCCAAGAGAGGGAGGAAGGACGACGGCGCUAUCUCGCCGUCAGGGCCGUGCAUGUCGCCGCCGAGUGAAACCGCAAAUGUCGCCGUCAUUGGAGCAGAGAGCGAGAGAGAGAGAGAGGGCUUCCAGUGGAGAGAGGGACGGCGCUAUCGUGCAGCGCGAAGCCGCCGCCGCCGUCGCGCGCCCUGUCGCCGCGGUUGAUGAUGGGUCGCCGAGCCUCGCCACGCCGCCAUGCCUGGUUGCCGGAAAACGGCACUGCCGUUACUGGGAUCCACUGUCGGUAAGGGUUUCAUUUUUAAUCUCCGUUCUUCUGAAUUCCUGGAACAUUGUUGUCACUACAGAGCUUUUACAGUUGCUGUCAUCGGAGCCUGGGGCUAUUGUCAUCACUUGAGGUAGCUGCCGGAGCUUCUGCCCCUCCGUUGUGGCAUUUUUCUUUAACUGUGGUAAUUUAUUCUAGCCUUGGAAUUCUUACCGUUAUUAUUCUGCUAUAAAAUUUUGAGAAGUUCAUGAUGUUAAUAUGCUAGGGUCCAGUUCUGGAAACUGUAUGAUUAAAAUAGAGGCUGUUGCGGUGUCAUCCUUCUUCGUUUCUCGUGGUUGCUGCCGCGAGUUAAGACUAAAAAGGGAUCCUUGAUGCGUUAACCCUUAAAGGUUUCGACUUUUGAGGUAGGGGCACUUUUCUUAAACUUGUUUUACCUUCCAGAGUUGUUAUAAAUCGAUAUUAAUGCGUAAGAUAUAUUUUUGUGAUU